UUGAUUUUUGUGUAAAUUUUAAAAUUCUUGCCACAAAUAUGAGCACUCCAACUUCGGAUGUAGGCCACAGUGAGGACGCAGUAUUAAAUAGCAAUAUGGAUUCCAUAAUCGAUCGAUUGAUCAAAUGUGAUAAUCCCCACAACGGCUUGCAAUUGCCCGAGAAUCAGAUCCGAUUUGUCUGCCAUUACGCCCGCAGGUCUCUCCUGGAGGAGGAGAGCCUACUGAGGCUGAAGCCACCGCUAAAGAUCUGCGGCGACAUCCAUGGACAGUUCUCCGAUCUCUUGAGGAUCUUUCAUUUGGGCGGACAUGUACCAAAAGAAAAGUACCUCUUUCUGGGCGACUAUGUGGACCGUGGCCAGCUGUCCGUGGAGACCCUUACCCUGCUGUUGGCCUACAAGGUGCGCUAUCCGAAGAACAUGUAUCUGGUACGCGGCAAUCACGAGUGCGCCAGGAUGAAUCGCGUCUAUGGGUUCUUCGACGAGUGCACGCGGCGAUAUUCCGUCAAUCUUUUCAGGAGUUUUGUCUCCGCCUACGACUGCAUGCCCCUGGCGGCCGUUGUGGGGAAGAAGAUAUUCUGCGCACACGGAGGCAUUAGUCCGAGAAUGACCUGCCUGAACGAUAUAGCGGAAGUGGAGCGGCCGUUGGAGGUGCCCGAUGUGGGACUCGUGUGCGAUCUUUUGUGGUCCGAUCCGGAUGAAAAGACCCAGGGUUGGGGCGAGAAUGAGCGCGGUGUGAGCUACACCUUCGGGCAUGACGUUGUGAAUCUGUUUUGCAAGCGGAUGAAGGUCGACAUGAUUGUUCGAGCUCAUCAGGUGGUGGAGGAUGGCUACGAUUUCUUCUCCCGCCAGCUGAUCACCAUCUUCUCGGCCCCGAACUACGCCGGGCAAUUCGACAAUGCGGGGGCCAUCAUGAAUGUGGAUGACAAUCUGGUGAUUACCUUUAUCAUUAUCAGGCCCACGUAUAGCGUGAAGCCAGGCGACCCCCAAGGAAAGUUAUUGUCGGCCACCGGACUUAAUCGGAACCUGUAGUAGCCUUAACUCGAAGGAAAUCAUUGCCAAUCCCUUAAAAUGUUGUCUCGAAUUAAGGCUUAUACUUUUCUGUGCCCCCAGUUGGGCCCGCAGCGCUCCUGUCCCUGUCGAAAUGUUGCCAAAAGGCUGCUGCUGUCGCUGCUGCUGUCGCUGCUGCUGAAGCCGUAGCCAAAGUUGUUGCAUUUCUGAGAAUAUUUUACGCUUGUUGAGGCUGACGACACAACAUUGAAGCCACCGCCAACGAAGACGACCGAAGUCUGUGUAUCUGUGUGGUGAGGUUCCUCCGCCUCCGCCUCCACACCAUCUCUCCACACAGAUGUUGAGGCUGCUGGCACAAGACUGACUACUACCACCACUAGGGUUUCGAGUUUUGUUUUCUUUGCACUCGAGUUGUAUCACAUCAAUGGCCAUUGUGUACGUCAA